AUGGGUGUACCAGCGCUUUUCCGAUGGUUAUCUUCCAAAUACCCUAAAAUCAUAUCUUCGGUCGUCGAAGAAUUGCCGCAAGAAAUUAACGAACAGGAGGUUCCCGUGGACACGACGAAACCGAAUCCAAAUGGCGAAGAAAUGGAUAACCUAUACUUGGACAUGAAUGGAAUCGUCCAUCCAUGUACCCAUCCCGAGGGCAAGCCACCUCCUUCAAACGAGGAAGAGAUGAUGUUGGAGAUUUUCAAGUAUACAGAUCGGGUUGUGAACAUGGUCAGGCCCAGGAAACUGUUGAUGAUUGCUGUUGAUGGCGUCGCUCCACGUGCUAAAAUGAACCAACAACGUUCUCGUCGAUUCCGCUCUGCCCAAGAAGCCAAGGAAGCUGACGAGAAAAAGGUAGAGUUCGCCAAAUUGCUCAGAAAACAAAAUGGGAAGAAGAGCUGUGAGGAGAUUGUAGAGGAAGUCACUAUGAAAACAUGGGAUUCCAAUGUCAUCACACCUGGCACACCUUUCAUGGAUAUCCUUGCUGCAGCUUUACGGUACUGGGUUGCAUAUAAACUCAACACUGACCCUGCUUGGGAGAAGUUGAAAGUUAUCAUUUCAGAUGCCACAGUUCCCGGUGAAGGUGAACAUAAAAUUAUGGAAUUCAUCAGAUCACAGAGGUCCUGUCCUGAGCACGACCCAAACACUCGCCAUGUGAUAUAUGGUCUGGAUGCUGAUUUGAUUAUGUUGGGACUUGCAACACAUGAACCUCACUUUCGAGUUCUUAGAGAAGACGUGUUUUUCCAAGAAUCUAAAGGGCGAACUUGUCAUUUAUGUGGACAAACUGGCCAUAUAGCCGAAGCCUGUAAAGGCACUGCAAAAGAAAAGAAUGGUGAAUUUGAUGAAAAGGGUAAAGGAAGUUCCCUCAAGCCUUUCAUCUGGCUCCAUGUCUCUGUACUUCGUGAAUACCUUGCUGUCGAAAUGCACGUUCCGCAGCAACCUUUUCCCUUCGAUUUAGAGAGAGCUCUAGAUGACUGGGUGUUUAUGUGCUUUUUUGUGGGAAAUGAUUUCUUGCCCCAUCUGCCAUCUUUAGAUAUCAGAGAAAACGGCAUUGAUACUCUGAUUGCUAUAUGGCGCGACAAUAUACCUGCCAUGGGUGGUUAUUUAACCAAAGAUGGUCAUGUUGAUUUGAAUAGGGCACAGCUUAUCUUACAAGGUCUGGCUAAACAAGAGGAUGCCAUUUUCCGUCGCCGCCGCCAAACUGAAGAAAGAAAAAAUGCGAACGCCAAAAGGAGGAAAGAGGAAGAGAGAGUCCGGGAGGAAGAGCGUUCACGAAAACGACGUAGAAGCUCUCCUACUUAUGGGACUAUGAGAAAUGAGCUCUCUCUACCCGCCCCGCCACCUCUCAUGGUUCCUGGAAAGGGCAAUCUUUCUAGAGCUGAGAGGGAACUCACACACUCCAUGGUUGUGAACCGUGGCGCCAUUUACAAGGCAAACUUGGCCAACAAAAGUGCGGCUGCGGCUAUCAAAAGUCAACUCCUCAAAGGCGCUAGUAGUAAUGGUGAUCUUACUGGCGUUGAUGCGGAAGAUUCUGUGGAUGGUCCACCCGACGCUUCUUCACCAACUCACCUAGGCAAAAGAAAGGCCGACGCUCUAGACACAGGAACAGAGUCCGAGACACCUUCAAUAAAACCACAAGACAACGAUGAUGAUCUACCUCCGGACACAGUUCGACUGUGGGAAGAAGGGUACGCUGAUCGGUAUUAUGAGCAGAAGUUUCAAGUUCAUCCAAAGGAUAUCGAGUUUCGUCACAAGGUAGCCAGAGCUUACGUUGAAGGCCUAGCAUGGGUGCUUCUAUACUAUUUCCAGGGCUGCCCUUCAUGGACAUGGUAUUACCCGUACCAUUACGCUCCUUUUGCUGCUGAUUUCGUUGGCCUGGGCAAAAUGAACAUUGAAUUCAAUAGAGGGGCACCAUUCAAACCUUUUGAGCAAUUGAUGGGAGUCUUACCGGCGGCAUCCAAUCACGCAAUCCCAGAAGUAUUCCACGACCUAAUGUCAGAUCCGAAUAGUGAAAUCAUCGAUUUCUACCCUGAGGAAUUUCCAAUAGAUCUUAAUGGCAAGAAAUUUGCAUGGCAGGGGGUAGCACUUUUACCAUUCAUUGACGAGAAACGUCUCCUGGUUGCGAUGGAGAAGCGAUAUCACCUCUUAUCGAGCGAGGAGCAUGCUCGAAACUCAACGGGGAGAGAUGUGCUCCUCGUAUCCGAUCGACAUCCGUUAUACGACAAUUUAACCGCGAACUUCUAUUCCAAGAAACAAGGACUAUCGAAAUUGAAGCUAAACAUGCGAGUGAGCGAAGGUUUGGGAGGUAAAGUAGAGCGCAACGAUGCGUACGUUCCGCAUAGCUCUCUUGUCCCUCCAUUUGAUAACGUGGAUCUACCCACAUUUGAUGAAGAUCAUUCAAUAAGUGUCCUCUACGAUAUUCCCAAAUCCAUGUACACUCACAAAUCUAUGCUUCUAAGAGGCGUAAAGCCUAACCCUCCAGUCCUCGAUAAAGCCGACAUCGAAGUCACCAGAAACAAAGCUCAGCGGUCCGGCCGCUCCUUUGGAGGAGUGCCGUUCAGCAAUGGUAGGGGCAGAGGUGGUCAAAUGUCAUAUGGCGGCAACCGGCCCAAUAACGAUAGGCCCAACCCCUUUGCCGCUCAUAUUAACCCUGACUUCGUGCCACCGCCAAUACCGCCACCGCAUAUGAGUGGGCCCCCAGCGGGAUGGGCCCCUCCACCCCCAGGGAUUGUUGGAGGUGCAUAUGGUGCUUCUCGGUUCGACAGGCUCCCACAAGCUCAUCCCUACCAACAACAACGGAGUCAUAGCUAUCCACAUCAAUCCGGACAACGUGGUCAGUACUCUCAGUCAUAUAACCAACCAAGGGAAUACGGCCAAGAUAGGCUAUCUGGCCAAACCCAGCAAUACGGGCAAAGAGGAGGGUAUGGACAGUAUCGGGGAGACCAUAAUACGUCCGGUGGUGGUGGAGGAGGAGGAGGAGGCAAUGCAGGCCGAGCUCGGGGCGGCGGAUCCUAUAGAGGCCGUGGCCGUGGAUAUUACCAAGGCCAAAACACUUAUAAUGGCAACCGCAAUGAUGGAUAUGGGCGGUAUUGA